AGAAGUUCAAAUGCGGAAGUGGACUACGUCAUCAAAGUUGGCAGGCUGUUGCACGCUCGUGGCGAAAAUGGUGUCUGGUGCAGAACAACAACAGGGCCAUCGAGCUGGGGUUUAUAAACAAAAAAACAAAGGACAUAAACAUGGAAAGCAUCGGACUAAAGGAGAAAUCGAACGGGAGAACAAGGGUAGAGUGUCGGUGACGGCUCUUACCAAGAAACAGAGGAAAGAGGCGAGAAAGAUGGACAAAAGGCACAAAGCCAACCAGCUGCGGCGAAAUAAGAAGGACCUGGUCCUGACAGAGAAGCGUCGUCUGGGCAGCAGGGAUGGUCCACCCCAUCUGGUGGCUGUGGUCGCCCUCCAUGCAGGUGUGGAUGCUGAGGCUGUGACCAGGUUGCUGCGGUGUGAGGGGGCUGGCGGGCUGGUGCGUGAGGAGAACAGUGUGUGUGGGGUCAGUGACAGCUUUGGCCUGGUCAUGCCCCGCUUCAAACAGAGGUUCACCUUCCUCCGCCCAGACACAGCUGACAUGCACUCUCUACUGGAUGUGGUGAAGGUAGCAGACAGUCUGGUGUUUGUGCUGGACUCUACAGAAGGCUGGGACAGCUAUGGAGACCACUGCCUCUCCUGUCUCUUUUCACAGGGGCUACCAGCCCAUGCUCUGGUGUGUCAGGGUGUUUCAGAUCUGGCAGUGAAGAAGCGUGUGGACUCACGGCGGGCACUGGCCAAGAUAUCCGAAAUCCGCUUCCCUGGGGCGCGCCUCUUCCCCCUGGACUCAGACCAGGACGCCACACUGAUGCUAAGACACCUGGGAGCACAGAGGCAGAGGAGGCUGGGCUUCCGCUCCCGUCGGCCUCACCUCCUGGCCCAGCAGGUCUCCUACACCCCCAACAGCUCUGAGGGGAGUGGGGGAGCCCCCACGGGCCUAGGGACCCUGCGUGUGUCUGGGUAUGUCCGAGGCUGCCCUCUGCAGGUGGACAGGCUGGUGCACAUCUCUGGAUUUGGAGACUUCCUGCUCAGUCAGAUCGAUGCUCCCAUAGACCCCCUUCCCCUCAACUCUAUGACCCCUCGCCCUGCCAAGCCAGGGAAGAAAGGAGAUGUAGACAUGCAGGAUGGUGGUGUUGAGGUGGCAUCCGUGCGGGUCCUGAUGAAGGCAGACCCAGCUCGCAGGGAGAGUCUGCAGGCCGAGGCAGAGGUAGACCCCAUGGAUGGAGAGCAGACCUGGCCCACUGAUACUGAACUGCUGGAGGCUGAAGAGGCCAGAAAGAGCAAGCGUGUAAUGAAGGUGCCCAAAGGGACAUCAGACUACCAGGCCACGUGGAUUGUGGAUGAGGAGGAUGAGAAUGGCGAGGAGGAUGAAGAGAGUACUGACGAUGAGGAGGAUGAGGAUUUGAUGAUGGAGGAGUCCAUAGAUGGAGAGGACCUUGACUCUCAGGUGGAUGCUGCCUCAGGUGGUGGCUCUGAUGAGGAGGAGGAGGAGGAGGAGGAGGAGGAGGAGGAGCUGAAUUCCACAUCGGACAAGGGUGGAGCAGACCAGCGCUAUGAUGAGCACAUGGACGAGGCGGAGGAAGGGGAGGGUUUAAAACGAUACCGGGAGGCUCGGGCCAAUGAGAUGUUCCCAGAUGAAGUGGACACCCCUCUAGACCAAUCGGCUAAGAACAGGUUCCAGCGUUACAGGGGCCUGAAGAGUUUCCGCUCCUCCCCCUGGGACCCCUUGGAGAACCUGCCUGCAGACUACUCCCGCAUCUUCCAGUUUCAGAGCUUUGAGCGCACACGCCGCCGCGUACUAGCUGAGGCUGCGCAGGAGGAAGAGGGUGCCAUGGUGGGCUGGUAUGUGACCCUCCAUGUAGUGGAUGUUCCCCCCACGGUGAUGGAGAGUGUCCAGGCAGGCAGGCCUCUGGUGCUGGUCUCCUUACUGCCACAUGAACAGAAGAUGUCAGUGAUGCACAUGCUGGUGAGGAGACACCCCAGCAACACAGACCCUAUCAAGUCUAAAGAGGAGCUGGUGUUCCACUGUGGAUUCAGGAGGUUCAGGGCCUGCCCCAUCUUCUCCCAGCACACAUCAGCCGACAAGCACAAGCUGGAGCGUUUCCUUCGUGCUGACGCCCCCACGGUGGUUUCUGUGUACGCCCCCAUCACAUUCCCCACCGCUGGGGUACUGCUCUUCAAACAGAGGGAGGAUGGCAUGCAGGACCUGGUGGGUACAGGAAAUCUGCUGAGCUGUGACCCCCAGCGUGUGGUGCUGAAGAGGAUCGUGUUGAGUGGCCACCCCUUCAAGAUCAACCGCCGGUCCGCUGUCUGCAGAUACAUGUUCUUCAACAGGGACGACAUCUUGUGGUUUAAGCCUGUUGAGCUGAGAACCAAGUGGGGCCGGAGAGGACACAUCAAGGAGGCCCUAGGUACUCAUGGACACAUGAAGUGUGUAUUUGACAGCCAAAUGCGGUCUCAGGAUACUGUCAUGAUGAACCUGUAUAAGAGGGUCUAUCCUCGCUGGACAUAUGACCCCUAUGUGCCUUUGCCCCUGCCCUGGGUCAAGGGGGAAGGGACUCAGGUGCCGGAUGAUUUUGACAUGGAGUAGGUGGUGGUCUGUUGCAAGAGGUGUGUUGGAGUCUGUAGAGAGUUGCAUGGACUGUGGUGAUUACAUUUUCACUCCAAUAGAUGGAUUGUAAUGGGUAUUAAAUAAAACCAAUUAGACCAAA